AUGAAGCCGUCAAUGCACCCGGAUGCCAUAGCAAGCUCCCUCUCCUUAAGCGACCCGAACUCCCCGCCCUGGUUUAUAUGGGACGGAGUCGAACCCGCCGCUCGUCAAAUAAGUCCCCACCCGGGGUCAAGUGACAAGAAGCGAGCUCAGCUGGAAGUAUUGGAAGAAUUGAAACGGCGCCCUGGCGCCUCUUCUACCACCAAGAAGCGAAAUGCCCCUCCGGCGGACAAUGGGGCCGAGCAGGGAAAGGGUGAUAAGGAGGGUAAUCAACCGCAACGGUCGAAAAAGGCAAAAGUCGGCGUCGAAUCCCAAGUUCGGUGGGACUGCUGCUUUAAUAGAAGUCAAAUUGGGGUGGUGGGCACAGGCUAUGAUUGUGCGACGACGGGUUUCUUAUUCGACGAUCUUUGGGCACAUCUCAGACGAGACCAUUACCGCUGCUAUAAUUGUGCGUUGAGAUUCAAGGACCACGACGAGGAAAGGAGCCAUUUCCGGGACCGAUUCGACGACCGAUCUCUCUGUAUCUUUCGUUUCCACGGAAAUCCAAGUUUUCACCUUGGAUAUGAGGACAUGCAGAAAGUAGAUGACGCGUACAAACAUAGGGACCCCGAAAACCUGCAGAAAACGUGGGAGGCAUGGUUUUUGAUAAUCCAUGCUAAAUAUUCCCUGGGCCCUCCGCCUAGCGGUAUUAAUCAAGGGACUAUUAGUUCCCAAGCAGCUAACAUAAUAGUAUAGCUGGAAAGGGCUAUAAUAAAGUACAACGCACAUGCAGUCCAGAAAAGCUUACCCCUACUGGAGACCCAUGAG